AUGACAUACGGUUCCGAAUGCUGGGCAACUUUGAAGAAGCACGAACAAAAGCUACACACAGCAGAGAUGAAAAUGCUCCGCUGGGCAGGAGGCGUGACGCGCUUGGAUAAAGUACGAAACGAAUAUGUAAGAGGUUCCUUCAAAGUUGCACCAAUAGCCGAGAAGGUCAAGGAGGGGCGACUAAGAUGGUACGGGCACGUCAUGAGGCGAGACGAUAGCUACUCCGUAAAAACAGUGCUGAACAUUAGCACGCAGCGAUCAAGAGGCAGAGGCAGACCGCCCGCCACUUGGUGGUACACUGUCGAAAGGGACCUAAAAACUCAGAAUAUCCCAUUGUUGACAACCCAGGACAGACCGGCCUGGCGCAAACGCACAAGAAGGCCCGACCCCAAAUGA